GGUUUGCCAGGCCGGGAUAGAGGCUUCCGGCGGGCAGCCCAUCAGCGGGGACCUACGACGCCAAAACGCACCGCACCGCACCGCAUCGCAUCGAUUGCCCACUUCACACACGCUCGCCGACCGAUGCCGCUGCUGCUGCGCGGCGCCUCCCUCCUCCGCCUCUACGAGUGUAGCUGUAGCCUACCAAGUGUGAAUUUCAGUUCCAGAAAACUCUUACUGCCAAAGCUGAACGUCAUGAGGGAGGGAAUGCGGGCGACAUAUUCUCGUAGAGCUGCCUCAAAGAACAGCGAGAUCAAGAAAGAUGAGCAAUCAGUUGUAGAAAAGGAAGAUGUCGCUGAAAGCAAUUUGGAGAUAGAGAAAGUCAGGAGUGACCCUAGCCAGCUCCAAUCAAUGACGGUGAAGGAGCUCAGGGAGCUCACAAGGAGGAUGGGAAUUUCUGUGAAAGGUACCAAGAAAGAUUUAGUAGCCGCCCUGAUGGAUUCUUUGGGCGUGGAAGAAAACGGUAAAGUGGGGAAGCCAUCAGUUGGGCAGGUUAGCCCCUCAGAAGUAUCUUUAAAACGAAAAGGUGGCACUUCAGUUGUAGUUGAACAAAAAAUAGAAACUAUGGAGGUUAUCUCUGAAACUCCUAUCAAGAAAAGAAGUAGAACAAAACAGAAGUCAGUCAAGAGCACUACUCUCGAGGAGAAUUCUGUGACUAAUGUCAAGCUAAAUAAAACUUCAGUCCAGAAGGAAACACUUGUUGUCCAAGCUGCUGUUUCUAAGGCAGGACUGGGCCUUAGUGAUGAUACAGAGCCUUGGACUAUACUUGUACAUAAAAAACCACAGGCCGAGUGGAUUCCAUACAAUCCUAAGACUAUGAGACCUCCACCUCUUAGCAAGGAUACAAGGGCUCUGAAGAUUCUAUCAUGGAAUGUCAAUGGAUUGAAAGCAUUGCUCAAAUCAAGGGGCUUCUCUGUUCAGCAGUUAGCACAGAGGGAGGAUUUUGAUGUGCUAUGCCUACAAGAGACAAAAAUGCAGGAGAAGGAUGUUGAAGUUAUUAAGGAUACUCUGCUUGAUGGCUACACAAAUAGUUUCUGGACAUGCAGUGUGUCAAAGCUUGGCUAUUCGGGAACAGCAAUUAUUUCACGAGUCAAACCACUUUCUAUCAAAUAUGGGCUUGGUGUACCAGACCAUGAUACUGAAGGGAGGGUUGUGACAGUGGAGUUUGACGACUUCUACUUGCUAACAGCUUAUGUACCAAAUGCUGGUGAUGGCCUAAAAAGAUUGACUUACAGGGUCACAGAGUGGGAUCCAUCUCUUGGUAACUACAUGAAAGAACUUGAAAAAUCGAAGCCUGUCAUACUAACUGGUGAUCUUAACUGUGCCCAUCAGGAGAUUGAUAUCCAUGAUCCCGCUGGAAAUCGUAAAAGUGCAGGCUUCACAAAAGAAGAAAGAGAAUCAUUUGAGACCAAUUUUCUGGCCAAAGGGUUUGUCGAUACGUUUCGGAAACAGCAUCCCAAUGUUGUUGCAUAUAGUUACUGGGGGUAUAGGCAAAAUUGCCGGAAGACAAAUAAAGGUUGGCGCCUGGACUACUUCCUUGUGUCAGAAUCUAUCGUGGAAAAAGUUCAUGAUUCAUAUAUUCUUCCAGACAUUUCUGCCAGUGAUCACAGCCCACUUGGCCUCAUACUCAAGCUCUAGGCUGCACCUAUGCUGCGCAAAACAGUCGAUCUGAAGCUGGUUCGUUGUUUAUUGUCAAAAGCGUCCCUUGUUCUUCUGGUGCAGAUCUCUGGCAGAGUCUGCGAUUUUGUAUCUGAUUAUUACUGAAACAAUUAGGUUUCUUUUGAUGCUGUGGGUUGGCUAUACCAAUCCUAUACUUGGCAGGGCAGAUCUAAGAUUUGGGUAUGCAGAAGUCUAGGGGAUGAACUACUGGUAUUGAUGCCGCACUUUGGGAUGAAAAUAUGCAACCAUCAUAUCAUCGGUUGCUGUUCUGUAGCUCAGUAUGAGCAGUUUGGAAGAGUGUAUGGUUGGCUACAUACACUGACGUGUUUAACAUGUUUAAGUACACUAAGCUAUUAUUGUUUGUUAAAUGUCAACAAAAAUUAGUUUCA